AUAUUUUUCUGGAAACGACAAAACGCAGGUCAUCAUCUACCGCCUGGUCCAUCUCCAGACUUCUUGAUUGGACAUGCCCGAAAACUACCUCUUACUUUGCCUUGGAUAACAUAUUCAAAAUGGAAACAUGAAUACGUAGGCGACGUCAUCUAUACAUAUGCUCUCGGCCGUUCAAUUGUCAUUCUCAAUUCUUUUGUUGCUGCCCGAGAUCUCCUAGAGAAGAAGAGCGCGACAUUCUCUGACAGA